UCUGGAGCGGAGAGUGGCACUUCCGGCGGGUGACCCUGGUUAGUCCUCUCGUGCCGCCAUGGGGCUGCGAGACACCGUUGUUCACGCCGGGGAGCCCGAGGAGGAAGAGGAGGAGGAGCUGGUGGACCCCCUCACCACGAUCAGGGAGCACUGCGAGCAGACGGAGAAGUGCGUGAAGGCCCGGGAGCGCCUGGAGCUGUGCGAUGCGAGGGUGUCCUCUCGGUCCCACACGGAGGAGCAGUGCACGGAGGAGCUCUUCGACUUUCUGCAUGCUCGGGACCACUGCGUUGCCCACAAACUCUUCAGUAAGCUGAAGUGAAUGCAGGAAUGACUGUUCAUCUGCUUCCACGGUCCAUCAGAAGAGCCUUGUUGGUUGCACAGUACUGCUUCUGCCUGUUUAUUGCCAAUGUGAAGUACAAAGUGGCUUCUUGGCAGUGACCGAGCACCAGAAUGUCACUGUCUGUUUUCAUUGAAGAUGUGCAGCUACACAAAAAACAUGUGAAUGUUCUGUAAUUUUCCAUAUUAAACAUUUAAAGUUCCUGUGGAAA